AUGAAGGGAGUAAUCUUUGCAAAAGUCGGCGCUGAGCCCAAGAUUGUCGAAGACCUUCAGAAGCCGUCUCCAGGUCCAGAUCAACUGCUUGUGAAGUCCAUCUGGGUGGCCAUAAACCCUGUUGACAGCUUCAUGGCCGGUUAUGGUCUCCUCGUGGUCGGCUGGCCUCUUGUGCUCGGCGUCGACGCGGCCGGAAUUGUGCUCGAGGCAGGGAGUGAGGCAGCAUCCAAGUAUGGAUUCAAAGCAGGGGAUCAUGUUUUCGGGUGCACCAGACUUGGGGUCCCGGGAUAUGCUGCUGGUCAAGAGUACUUCUUGAUGGACGCAUCUGUCACCAUACCCAAGCCAAAGAACAUCUCCCUGCUCGAGGCUGUUACGUUGGGAGUGGGAAGUGAAACAGCUUGUUUGGCAUUGUUCGACGGUCUCGAUGUCCCUCUCCCUGACCCGAAGAACCUUCCUGGACCUCGGGACGAAUGGAUCAUCAUCUUGGGAGGCGCCAGCAGUGUUGGCAAGUGUGCGAUCCAGCUGGCCAAGGCAAGUGGUUACAAAGUCGCUGCUUCUUGCUCGACCAAGUCGGCAGCUGAGGUGAAGGGCAUGGGCGCUGUGACAUUCGACUACAAGAAGCCCAUUGAGGAACAGGUCAAGGAGGUUGUGGAUAUAACCUCGGGCGAGAUUUCUCGAAUCUUUGAUGCUGUUGCGGCAGAAAACCCAAUCACAGCCAAAGAAUUGUUCAAGGCGUCCAAGAGCGACAGGAGGCUCUUUGCGACCACAAAUGAUUGGAGCGGAAUUGGGGAUUUUGAGGGAGCAAAAACCUAUGGCGUCAAACUUGGUGGCAUUGGUCGACCCGAAGCGGCAGCGUUGAACGAGAAGAUUGAGGCAUACAUUCCCGUCAUCACGGCAUUGAUUGCGGCUGGUAAGCUGGCCCCGGCCGAAUAUGAAGUCAUCGGCACUGGGUUCGAGGCUGCUAUCAAGGCAUACGAGCACCAGCGCUCCGGAGCCGGAGGGUCGCGUAAAGUUGUGGUCAAAAUUCAGGAUGAGUAG